GGACGCCCGCUGGGAGGGCUCUGUUUCUUGCCUGUCCGUCCCUGCGUUCCGACCUCGCUGCCCGUCCACUUUCGACCUUCGCAACCGCGCCUUCGCCGCUCGCCGCUCGUCGCCUCUCCGGCCUACCCACCUCCCGUCAGGGUUUUGGUCCUAAUCCUGGAAACCAAUAUCGUGGGUUGCUCCCCCCAGAUCUCUGCCUCCGCGGCGAGUGGGGAAUAAGAGGGAGCCGCCGCCACCGCCGGCCGGCACCUCCGCUUCGCAGCACUGGAAUGGGGAACUAUCUGACGAGUAGAAUAACAGCAGAGAAGGAUGCCCAUGUCAAGCAGACAUCGAAGAAUCGCAAUGGAAGGCCUGGCCUUAAAUUUCAUGACCUUCCAGAGGAUGUACUAUGCACAAUUUUAUCCAAAUUACCUGCAAAAGAGGCUGUUCGGACCAGUGUUUUGUCGAGUGACUGGAGAUGUACAUGGACAGCUUGCCCCAGACUAAGCUUUGGUGCCGACGAUAUUAGUAAGAAUGUGAAGGGGAAACCUCAGCGCACCCAGAUGUUCAUCGACCAUGUUAAUGCGGUUUUGCGCAAGCACAGCGGCAGGGCUGUUGACCAACUUGAGAUUAAAUUUAUAUUCGAGAGCAAGCUUGUUGAUUACCUCAAUAAUUGGAUUAGAUUUGCUAUGUCAGUCCACACAAAGAGUCUAGCUUUUGAUUUGGCGCCACCUAACAAUUUCCCGGAAUAUGGGGAUCAUUACAGAUUCCCAUUUGAACAAUUUACAGACAACAAAAGUGUAUCCUGCCUAGCCUGUCUUCAACUCAGCUUUGUACGUUUCGAACCACCUCCUACCAGUUUCAUAGGUUUCCCAAACCUAAGAAAGCUUCAUCUUCAUGUAGUCAAGACCACUAGGCAGGAUCUCGAGAGUGUCUUGUGCAGUUGCGUUAAUCUUGAGUGGCUGAGCUUACUCAGAUGCCAUCUCAAGGAUGAAAUGAAGGUGGUUCGGCGGCCAUUAUCCCACCUGCGGUACUUGCAUGUCGUGCACUGCGAUAUAACCAAGAUAGAGUUCGAUGCUCCAAAUCUCUCCACCUUUGUUUAUGAUGGACCAUACAGGCCUAUUACCCUCCAUCAUGCUACUAAACUGGAAAAUGUAAGAUUUUGGUUCCGCGGUGCAGUUUUUCAGCAUGCUACCGCUUCACUCCUCAAUGGGCUACCAGAUGUACAAAACCUGACAUUGCAACUUGGAACGCAACGGCUAGAGAGCCGGUGGACGUUAAAUAGCCCUCGGGUGUUUUCUCACCUCAGGCAUGCGCAGAUACUUUUGAUUAUACAUCAUGAAGAUAGUGACAAAAUCCUCUACUUGGUUUCUUUUCUGAGGGUUGCUCCAUUCAUUGAGAGGUUGGAAGUACAUUUUCAUGGCCUUUAUACUUUGUGGUUUGCAACCGAUGGACCUUCGAGACAAGAAAUACCGCCGUGUGAAGAUAAAUAUGUGAAUCUGAAGGACAUGCGUGUUACAGGAUUCAAAGGGGCAAGAGGCCAAGCUGAAUUCCUCAUGCAUGCCGUUGAAAAUGCUCCUGCAAUAGAGGCCGUAACUGUAGAUACAGCUCAAAGGCUAACUGAUGCUUGGGAUCCAGAGGAACCAACCCCUAGACUAGAUAGUGCCGCUCUUGAUAUGGUUAGAGGCCCUCUCCUUAAGAGACUCCCACCGAAUGCAAAACUUUCACUUAUUUAAGCCAGAACUGUUUUUUUUUUUGUAUAUAUGUAGCUGCCGGAAGUAGAUUAAAUCUUACAUUUAAUUUCUCUUUAAUUGUUAAACUGAGAGCAGCGUUGAUUUACCCUUUUA